AUGGGAGGAGUUGAUAUGAGCCGCGAUUACUACGCGGACCUGGAGCUUCCCGUGGACGCUGACACCAACGAGAUCAAGAAGCAGUUCCGAAAGCUUGCUCUCAAAUACCACCCCGAUCGUAAUCCAGGCCGAGAAGCCGAAGUCAACUCCAGAUUCCAGAUCAUUCAGUCGGCCCACGAAAUCCUUACAGACCCUCAGCAGAGAGCCAAAUACGAUGCAGGACGGACACGAUCGAGAUACCCCACGGCCUCCGGAGUGAGAGGCAACCCCUGGCAGAAUGCUGGCGCCAACUUCCCACCCCCUCCCCGUCGUAACGCAACAGCUCGUAACCCUCCUCCGCCUCCCCCAGCCUCGGGAGCGAGCAGAUAUCGCAACUUUGCGUCGGGCGCUGCCCCCACGGCCAAAGCACAGCAGGCGAGAGACGACACGGAAGCAAAGCGGAACGCGUGGCAUGCGUUCGAGAAUAUGAAGGGUGGUCGCGCCAGCCAGUCCCAACCAAAGCCCAAGCCCGAGACCCCAAAGAGACCUGUACCAAGAACGCCUUCCCAGAAACAGAGAGCCGAGGCUUCGUUCGGGCGCAAGGGUGGUUACACUCCUCACUCACCAGUGCCUGGAGAUGAGCCUCCAGUAAACACAUCCAACUACUCUACCUCUUCCCGGCACACCAACAUCUUCGCAGACAAUGCCCGUAGACAACAGGAGGCAGGCGUACCGGACCCUCUCGCCCAAUUUCGCGAGGCGUACACGGACACUCGCCAGAGCACUCCGUACACCUCCAAUGGCGGAGAGAAGACCAAUCCCUUUGACGGAAUUCCCAUAGGACGAGCCAAGAGCACUCGGGAGAAUCCUCGGCCACCCCAGGAAGGCUAUGGCCCCAAUCUUUCACCUGGUAGCGCUCGAACACGCGCUCAAAGUGUCCCACGCCAAGCAAGGACUGAACCCUCGAGCCCGAGAACGUCAACAUCGACACCGCACGAUGACCGCCCGAACUCAUCAAGUGCCACCGCGUCUCACUCGCCUAAGGACCCUUUCCGAUCCCGCGCAAGUGCGAGAUACACUCCGCCAAACACUGCUGCCGGCCCUCCUCCUGACAACAGUCAGCCCAAGCCAGCGACUUCGCACAACCCCAACGGAACGCCCAAAGGGUCUUCAAUGUACGACUCCUUUUAUUCCUCAGCUUCUUUCUCUGCUUUCGCAUUUCCUCAGUCAAACUUCGCGUCUACGCAAGGCAACCAUGGAGUAUCUAUGACUCGGAGGCAACAUGCUUCGCAGCAUCACGUAGCGGAGCGCACAAGUGAUGCCAUGGUGUUCGAUUCGCCGUCUCCUAGUGGAGACAGCUCGAAAAGCCACUCACUCACGCCGUUUGAGCGGAAGCAGGGUGAACUUUUAAGCAAGCUUGUCAAGAGGCAGGCCCCAGAUCUGACACCGCUGGGGCGCGAUAAGCGCCAUACCACUGGCCCUGACCAUGAUAUUGUUGUGAACCAAGCUGACAAGAGAACCAACAACAGCUUCAACUUCCCUAUCGACGACGACACUUUCACGCGCACCGCGCCACAGCAUCCGAAUUUCAGCCAACGGAGCACUGACGAUAUUAACACCAGUUUUGUUAACGGCGAUGGCUCAGAGGCCUAUAAGUUCAGUGCUGGCAGCCCUAUCCAGGAUCCAGCCACCAAGGUUCGCUCACAGUCCGGGAGUCGUGUAGGUCGUCGAUCACCGAUCAAGCGCCCGAGCUUGAGGCACCAGAAAGACCCGUCUGGUCAGCCGGCAGGUUCACCCACUGCAGAUAGCAGGUUUGACGCACAGGACUGGACUCAACAGAUUGGAGCACAGAACUUCGUGCCAACACAAUCGGCGUCGACUUCCCCAACUCGCAUCUCCCGAGUGAAUUCCAGGAAGACUAAGGUUAAGCCAACGGCGGGGGUAACGCGGGUUUGGUGA